GGUACACAGUUUCUAUAAGUCUUAUAGUAUAAGAUACCUUUAAAACUUCAAAACAAGAAGUUCGAAUUCUCCCAAAUUGAGAGAAACGAACGAACCCUCCGGUGAAGGCUUUUUGUCCGGCAUCGAUCGGUGUAUCUAUCUCCUUCAUUGUUAACAACUUAGGAACCCAUCCUUACGAGUUACAAUAAAAUAACAGAGAGGGAAAGUGAAUAUGAAUCACAAUCAGCAAUCAAACGAAGUUAGACAUGAUGAUGAAAACUCACUUUCAGAUUUUCUUGCUUCCUUAACGGACUACACCCCAACUAUUCCUGAUGAACUCGUGGAACAUUACUUAGCCAAGAGUGGAUUCCAGUGUCCAGAUGUUCGAUUAACUAGGCUAGUAGCCGUUGCAGCUCAGAAGUUUGUUUCAGACAUUGCAAUUGAUGCUCUUCAGCACUGCAAAGCUAGACAGGCGGCCGUGGUCAGGGACAAAAAAGACAAGCAGCAAAGGGAUAAACGCCUAAUCAUGAACAUGGAAGACCUCUCCAAGGCUCUUCAAGAGUAUGGCGUAAACGUUAAACACCAGGAGUAUUUUGCUGAUAACCCUUCAGCGGGACUAGAAUCUGCUUCAAGAGAAGAAUAAGCUGCUGCUGCUGCUGAUGACAUGUGGUUAAGUACGAUUUUUGACUUUGCUGUUGCGCUUUAAGCAAUUUUAGACGAUAUACAAAUGCUGUAAGAUUAAACGUAAUGAACGGUUAAGAUGUAUUUGAGCAUGAUUGGAUCGUAAAGAUCAGGCCUGGCAAAUUUAACCUGCCAUCCCAAAAUUGGGUUGACAUGGGUGGCUUUUCAAAA